CCGGUGGAAGAGCCGCGUCAGGGUGGCCAAUAGGCAGCCGCUUCUGUCUGUUAAAAGUGAAAGUAGGUGGAUAGAGAAAAAAACAAACGCACACGGAAGACGAAGACUUUUUCUCAUGUGCUAAAGAGCUGGCGUAAAAGUGCUUGCACACUAUGGCGCUGUGGAAGCAAAUGACCCUGCAGUUGCAAUACAUGUCAACUCAGACGCUGAAUGAACUCUACCCGGACACAUUCCCUCUGGACAUCAGGCACUAUCUUGCUGACUGGAUAGAGGAACAGGCAUGGGAGAACUUUAAUGUAGACAACACGGACCAGGAGCCUCAGGCCCGAGCUCUGUUGGACCAGAUGGUGUUCAUGCUGCAGGAUUUCUCCAUACGCAGCCCUAAUGUGGUGGAGAAGGUCAAAUUACAGCACAUCAGCAGGAACUUGAGUGUGUUUCAGCCACAGCCGAUGCAACUUGUGAGGACAGUGCGAGAUAUUCUGAGGAAAGAGAGACUUUUAGUAGAACAGCAAGGUCUUCAAGCUGCCAAUGGCACCCCACACCCCCCAGUGGAGGAAACUAACACUGAUGUGGACAAUCUAGUGCUCAAAACUUUGGAAAUUCAGAACUGCCGCCAAUCUCUUCAUCAGCUAAAAGAGGAGUUGAACUGGGAAAAACAGGAGGCUGCGUCUAUGUCAGGACCAAAUGAAUUGGAUCCACAACAUCCAAAUCAAGUCACUAGAAUAAAUCAUAUACAGCAACUUGAGGUCAACUAUUCAGGUUGUGCGAAGAAAUCUUUACAGCUGCUUCAGGAGGCAGUGCAUGCUCUGGAGCAGUGCCAAUCCUCUCUGAUUCACAGAAUAAAGUCCUGGAGGUGGGAGCAGCACAGAGCAACCAUUGGCCUGCACUUUAAUGACAACCUUGGCCCUCUGCAGGCAUGGUGUGAGCAGUUGCUCGGGGUGAAUGUUAAUCUAAGGCAGGAGCUCAUGUUGCUGAAGAGAGAUCUUGGAGGGAAUCAGCAGAUUCACUUGCUUCAGGAUACUCUGGAAUGUCUUGUCCAGACUCUCGUUCAGAGUUCGUUGGUGGUAGAUAAGCAGCCACCCCAGGUGAUUAAAACUCAGUCCAAGUUCUGCACCAGUGUGCGAUAUCUGCUGGGAGAGAAGAUGGCUCCUGGAAAACCUGUUAUGUUGAAGGCUCAGAUUAUUACUGAAGCACAAGUGAAGAACAUGGUUCAACAAGGGGUCAUACCCAAUGAAAAUGUAGGAGAACUUAUCAACAAUACAGCCAUCUUAGAACACAACACUGCCAGCAAGAGUACAUGUGCAACCUUUAGGAACAUGUCCAUAAGGAAGAUCAAACGAGCGGACAGGAAGGGCUCUGAAUCAGUGACAGAGGAAAAGUUUGCUUUGCUGUUCAUCGCAGAAAUGAUCAUCACAGGCUGUGAGAAGCCUUUUGGCAUUCAGAUAAUCACUCUUCCUGUGGUUGUAAUUGUACAUGGCAGUCAGGAAAUCAAUGCCAUGGCAACUAUCAUAUGGGACUGUGCCUUCUCAGAGCCUAACAGGGUACCGUUCGUUGUUCCGGAUCGAGUGCCCUGGAAUCAGAUGUGUGAUGCUCUCAGCAGUAAAUUCAUGUCUGAGGUGCAGACGCAGCGUGGCUUGGACAGAUAUAACCUUCACUUUCUCGCCCAGAAGAUCUUUGAUCAACCAGACACCACUGAAGACUUCAGCAACAUGCCUGUGUCCUGGGCUCAGUUCAACAAGGAAGUUCUGCCUGGUCGAAAUUUCACCUUCUGGCAGUGGUUUGAAGGGGUGAUGGAUCUUACAAAGAAAUGCCUAAAAGAGUAUUGGAGUGAAGGAUUGAUCUUUGGCUUCAUUGGGAAGCAAUACCUCCAUGUCAUCCUGCAAAACAAACCCAGUGGCACAUUUCUUCUUCGCUUUAGUGAUUCAGAGAUGGGUGGCAUCACCAUCGCCUAUGUAGGUCCCAGUGAGAAUGGAGGCAGGAAAAUCCAGAACAUUCAGCCCUUCACCAAGAAGGAUCUGGACUCCGCUGGCCUCGGUGACCGCAUAAAGGAUAUUAACUGCAUCUCUUAUGUGUAUCCAGACCAACCAAAGAAUGAUGCAUUUAAACAAUUCUUUACAGUUCCCACUCCCCCACAUCCUGAUGGAUACUUGCCCUUUAAACUAACAACCGUAGUCAACCCAGGAGACCAUGGCUCCUCCACCUCCAGCAUACCAACUCCGACUGAGCCCGCUCAGGGUCUCUACUCAGUGGGCAGAUCUUUCCUCAACAUAAAUCAGGAUGUGUUCUCACCACUUCCCAGUCAUUGUACUCGCCCAUAUUUGCCAGAGCAUUCAAUUUCUGAUCCAGGACAUCUGUAUUCUUCACCCAUGCCAACAAAUCCCUCAGGUGACGACAUGGACAUGGACACACUGGAGGAAAUUUUGAGGGAAUUUUGAGGUACUACCCCACUAUUCUCAGUGGAAAAAGGCUUGGUGCUUAAAGGACAUCCAAUGCAACUCACAUGUUUUACCAAAAUCCCAAACGUACACAUGACACCAUUUGUUCCCAAAAGAGGUGUAUCUGUAGGAAAACAUUAGAUAAACUUGUUUUGAACAUGCUACAGGGCAUAUCCAUGAAUCGCUGGUAAAUAAUGAGACUGUGGGCAGAAGAUGCCUUACAUUACAUGGGUUGUAUAGGUCUCCACCCACCAGGAAAACACACUAAACUUAAUGCAGUUAAAUGGAGAAUUGUUUUUUAAAAUCAAUUUAUAGAAAUUAAAUUAAAUGUCCUCGAUAAGCAGGUGAAGCUAUUUCAGAUUAGCAUGUAUUAUCUAAAUUCAAAAGUCAUUCCAUAAAAGUUUCAGUCUUAUGACUAGACUUGAAAGCAGCAACACGGCAGAAAUUCUAACUGACAAGUGACACAAGAAAUUAUUUUUUCUUUUUUGCAAUCAUGUGGUAGUAUUUUCCAUUGUAUCAAGAGACCAAAUAGAUUUAACUUAAUUUUGUCCUCCCUGCCUAGUGCAGAGAAAAACAAAUAGGAACCACAUUUUGUAAGUUUACUUGCAGAAAACAGGGUUACUGCAGUCAUGGAAAACCUGGAAAAAUUAAGGAAUUUUAAAAUUGUGAUUUCCAGGCUUGAAAAAGCUAUGAAAAUGAUUUAAAUCUGAAAAGGCAUGGGAAUUCCUAUAGUGAAUGUCAUUUAUUUUUUUUCAAAUUAAAUUCUGCAUCAGUUUUUCUUUUUGCGAGGACAAUCUCUAUACAAAUAUUUUAUAAAUUCUUAUUCUGUAAUCACAAAUGCAUGGAAAACAUGAUACCAGUGUGGAUAUGUGUCACAAGAGCAGAUUAGCAGUAUUUUAGUCAUGAUGUCCUGAACGAAACUGAUUAUCAAGGGAAGCAGACACUCCUAUUUGGCUUAAUUUCAGAAAUGAGCUGAGAUGAAUAGCAUCAAAGCACUCGUUUUUGAUCUGUUCUUUUUUUUUU